GAGUCCAAGAUGCUGCAUCCAAACCAUGAGUCCAACCAUGGAGAGCCCUUCAGGACCUUCAGUGGGUUGCUUUUCCUCGUUCUGAUGCAGCCUUUUGGAGCGCUGUCAGAGUUGAUUUGUUCACAUCAACCAAUCGUGGCCCUGGUUGGUGAUGAUGUCAUUCUGCGGUGUUACCUUGAACCUAACAUCAGUGCCAGUUCUGAGACAGUGGUGUGGACCAAACCUGGUUUGGACCCAGAGUACAUCCAUGUUCACCAAGAUGGACGACUGUUGUAUCAGCUUCAAAAUCCUUCUCAUCAUAAUCGUACAAGUCUGUUUGUGGAGGAACUGACGAAUGGAAACGUCUCCCUGAAAAUCUUCAGGGUGAAAAUCUCUGAUGCAGGAAAAUACUUUUGCAUCCUUCCAUCAAUACACGAGGCAGCUUCCAUCCAACUCACUGUUGGUGCUGUCUCCACGCCCAUCAUAGAGGUUACCUUAAAUAAGAGUGGAAGUGCAGUGUUACAGUGUGAGUCUGCAGGCUGGUAUCCAGAGCCUGAGGUGCUCUGGCUGCACGGUGAGGGAACGCUCUUCUCUGCUGGACCUACAGAGACCGUCAGAGGUCCUGAUGACCUCUAUACCGUCAGCAGCAGAGUGACUGUGGUGAAGGGACACGGCAACAACUUCAUCUGUAGAGUCCAACAGCAGAACAUCAACCAGGCCAGAGAGACACACAUCCAUGUUCCAGAUCACUUCACGGUUCAGUCCUCUUUUGACUGGAUUUGGAUCAUCGUCCUUCUUUUUUGCAUUGUUGCUUUGCUGUUCAUUAUCAGACUGAUCAAGAACAGACUCAAGAGGUAACAGGAAGCUACAGCUGAGAAUUUAAGGCUGACAGUCCAGAGUCAUCCAGACUGACCAGACAAAUGGAUGAACUGGAGAACCAGGGAGCAACUGGGGAAGGAAGAGAGACUGCAGACCAACAUGAAAAUAGAAAGGCAGAACAAACAAACAAAUAAGCUACGAAAGACAGAAACAACAAGAAAACAUUACAUAGCAUAGCAUUACAAAAAAGAAGGGGAAAAAAAUGUAAAGUGUGAAAAUGGAGGAGACACUUCAGCCUGUGAGGAAGAUGGUGUUGUAGGAAUUUCUGAAAUAAAGUGAAUUCAACAACAACAUCUCUUUCAGAGUUUUAUUGCAAUAUUCAAACAGACAUUUGCAAAUGGAUUCUCCACCUGAGAGAACGCCUUUACAAACCUGAGUCACCUGACAAUGACACCUAAACAGUGCUGGUAAUGGUAGCUUGAACACUUUCACGCAAAGAUAAACAAAUAAAAGUUUCGCCCUGUGUUCUCAUCUUUCUGUUGUGCUUCUUUAGUUUCUUAUUUUCACGCGUUUAAUGUUCUAUGGAAAACUACACGAACACAGCAAAUUUUAACAUUUCUUCUUCUGUUGGCACACAGGAAUCAAGAGGAAACGGGAAGCUACAACUGAGAAUUUAAAGCUGACAGUCCAGAGUCAUCCAGACUGACUGGACAAAUGGAUGAACUGGAGAACCAGGGAGCAACUGGGGGAGGAAGAGAGACUGCAGACCAACAUGAAAAGAGAAAGGCAGAACAAACAAAUAAGCUACGAAAGACAAAAACAACUAAACAUUACAUAGCAUUACAAAAAUGGAAAUUACUCAAGUAAAGUUCAAAUACCUCAGAAUUGUAUUUAAGUACAGCACUUAAUAUAUAUACACAACAAAUGCACUGAUUUACUUUCCACCACUGGUUGUAUGUUACACUAAGCUGCUAAACUAUUGUGUAGCUUUAAAAAUAAAAACAGUCAUCAGAGA